AUGCAAAGCCAGACUCGUUUCAUUGCGGUCGACCCAAGCAAAACCUAUGGGAAAUACCAGAAAACAAGUCAGUUUCAGUGUCAGACCUGCUUUAAAUCUUUCGACACCUAUGAAGAACUGCGUGACCACAUCGCGGACUUUCAGGCUAGUGCUCAGGCGCAUCUCCCGCGUAAGCACCACAAGGAUUACGAGGCGGUAAAAGGCGACAGUGAUUGGGAUACGGAACAGGACGAUGAUGGUGUCGGUGUCGGUGACGGUGACAGCGAUCUCGAUGGAUGUGGGACCGAAGACGGGAGCGACAGCGGCGACUACGACGACGAUAUGACUAGUGAUCGAACUACUCUCUCAUCAACCCUCGAUUUGCACGCCUCAAUGCGAUGUCCAUAUCCAAAAUGCAAUCGUACAGCGCACUUUAAGGCUAGGGCGGGCCUUCUGCGCCACUAUGAGUCGCAUGUACGAUGUCACGAAAUAUGUGUCUUUUGCCGUCAGAUAUUCAAACAGAUGCGAACAUUCAUACGGCACAACUGCCCUGCAAGACGAAAGACCAAUGAUAAAGCGAAAGAAUUCUACCGGAGAGAACGGUGUGCGCAGCUCAAAAGGUAUUCUGCCAAACAGCUAGGGAGGAUGUCCGCAAGCAGAAAAGCCCGAAAUGGACAUUUGAAUAAACGAAAAGCUGAACAGGUUGAUGACUAUCUGGCCACGGGCGCCUCAAAACUCCACAAAGGAAUUCCAACACAAGGAAAUGACAGAAUAUAUCUAAAUAGUGCACACUUUUCUGUAUUUCCAUCUCCCCAACACGAGGCGAAUUCGAAUCAUACGUCCUUACUUCCUUCAUCCAGCUCGAACAUGGCUUCGAAUUCGUCGUCGAGUUUACCCAGUUUGGACCUCCCGCCGAAGAUGUUCUCGGAUACACAAAUGGAGACAGCCUACAACGUCCUCAUGCCCCAGCCGUAUGCACCAAUCUUUAAUGACAUAACGAUAACGCCUUGUUACGAUAUAGUACAGGAGUCAUAUGAAUUUUCCUCAGCCCUGCAGAGUGCAAAUUAUCGAGCUAUCCCCCAACAUGAGAGUGCUGAUCUCCGAUAA